UUUUGCAGUUACAGUUGUUUUAUUCAAUCCACGUUAUGGUCAAAGACUGCACCAAAUGAGUGUAUAUCAAUUGAUAGCAGUUAUAAGCAUAAGUUUCAGUUAUCCCGCUCUAUUCAGUUUAGCUUUUGAUUUCCCGUUACAAUUUUCACUCAUCAUUUGCACCGUAUUUAUCCGUGUUAAUCAACGACUCGAGCAUCUGAUUGAACAUCCCGAUUCAAUUGAUGGCAACAUUAAAUCGAUUCGUUUUAUGCACUGUGUUGGUUCACAAUUGACUCUAAAAGCUGAUCAAUUCAUUCGCUACUUUACUGCAGUCAAUUAUUUCAUCAUGAUUUCAUUCAUGUUGAUUAAUCUUUAUAGCAUCAUUUUCUUGUCAGAAUCAUUGUCUGAUUAUUUUGCUGGAAUUGGUUUACAAUUUGUUGUCAUCUCGAUGACUGCAAUCUUUACUUAUUAUGCAAUUAAAAUAAAUCAUUUGGCUUCAAAGGGCUUUCAUCAUGCAUAUCAAUUAACAUUUACUGAAAACUGCCCAAGCAGUUUUGCAGAGACUUCAUUGCUAAUAUACAGAAUGGGCCGUAAUGAUAUUGGACUUACAUUUGCUAAUCUUUUCACCAUCACAGCAUCAUUCGUCACUUCUCUAAUUACUCUUUGUAUAACAAUCAUUCUGGCCUUUCCAACAAUUAAAUCACAGUUCUGAAGAAAACAUCGUGGUCAAAUAGUCAGUCCAGAGUUUGGAUAACUCUUGAAAUGAUACU